AUGAACGAUAAUGAUGCAUUGACUAAACGUAUCGAAAGUGCUUGUCUACAACAAGAACCAGUAUCAGGCAUAAGUGCAGCAGUUGAUGAACAUAAUCCACGCUAUUUUAAAGUAGUCAUUGAUGGACCUAGUGAAAGUCCAUAUGAAGGUGGUAAAUUCAAAGUUGAAUUAUUUUUACCUGAAGAAUAUCCAAUGGCACCACCAAAAGUUCGUUUUAUGACAAAACUUUAUCAUCCAAAUAUUGAUAAAUUAGGUCGAAUUUGUCUUGAUAUUCUCAAAGCUUUAAUAAGUGCACCUAAUCCAGAUGAUUUUUUAGAUGCUGAUGUUGCUAAAAAAUGGAAAGCUGAUGAAAAUGGAGCCAAAGCUAUAGCACGUGAUUGGACUCAAAAAUAUGCUCAUGAAAUUUAG